UUUUCGAUCUACUUUUUGUGGGCGCCGCAGCGACAGCAGUCUGACUGUGUUGCUAACAGAGGAGCCGACCGGAGACCAGCUUACAACCAUGGGACCGCUUUUACUCGGAGUGCUGGGCUGCUCCCUGCUGCUGUCUGUCCAAGCCUUUUACUCAGCCAGUGAUGAUGUGGUGGAGCUCACCCCCUCCAACUUCAACAGAGAGGUCAUCCAGAGUGACAGUCUGUGGCUGGUGGAGUUUUACGCUCCCUGGUGCGGCCACUGUCGAAAUCUGACUCCUGAUUGGAAGAAGGCGGCCACUGCCCUCAAGGGUAUCGUGAAGAUUGGCGCCGUAGACGCAGACCAGCACAAGUCACUGGGGGGCCAGUAUGGCGUCAGAGGAUUCCCCACCAUCAAGAUCUUUGGAGCCAAUAAGAACAUGCCAGAGGAGUACCAAGGUGGGCGCAGCAGCCAGGCCAUCGUGGACGGAGCCAUGAACGCUCUGCGCACUCUGGUGAAAGACAGGAUGAGCGGCAAGUCUGGCAGCUCUGGCUACAAGCAGCAGAGCAGCAGCGGCGGCGGCGGCAGUAAGCAGGACGUGGUCUAGCUCACUGAUGACAACUUUGACAAGAUGGUGCUGGAGAGUGAUGAUGUGUGGCUGGUGGAGUUCUUCGCCCCGUGGUGUGGACACUGCAAGAACCUGGAGCCUGAGUGGGCAGCUGCAGCCACAGCUGUGAAGGAGCAGACCAAGGGCAAAGUUCGCCUCGGAGCUGUGGACGCUACCGUACACCAGGCUGUGUCCAGCCGCUACGGGAUCCGUGGGUUUCCCACCAUCAAGAUUUUCCGUAAAGGCGAGGAGCCCGAGGACUACCAAGGAGGCCGCUCUCGUGGUGACAUCAUCGAGCGGGCUAUGGAUCUGUUCUCUGAUAAUGCCGCUCCUCCUGAGCUGCUGGAGAUCCUCAGUGAAGACAUCCUGAAGAAGACCUGUGAGGACAGUCAGCUGUGUAUAAUCGCUGUCCUGCCGCACAUCCUGGACACAGGAGCAGCAGGUAGAAACGGCUACCUGGAGGUGAUGAUUAAGAUGGCUGAGAAGUACAAGAAGAAGAUGUGGGGCUGGAUGUGGACUGAGGCCGGAGCUCAGAUGCAGCUGGAGGCCUCUCUGGGUAUUGGUGGAUUCGGCUAUCCCGCCAUGGCCGCCAUCAACACACGCAAGAUGAAGUUUGCUCUGCUCAGGGGCUCCUUCAGUGAGACGGGCAUCCAUGAGUUCCUCAGGGAGCUAUCUGUGGGCCGUGGGUCAACUGCCACACUGGGAGGUGGAGCCCUGCCAAAGAUUAACACUGUUGAGCCCUGGGACGGGAAGGAUGGACAGCUUCCCGAGGAGGAGGAUUACGACCUCAGCGAUGUGGACCUGGAUGAUGACCUUGAUAAAGAUGAGUUAUGAGCCCAAACUGCGAAGGAUCUGAUCCAGACUGACUUGGUUGGAUCUGGUCUGGACUGGUCUGGUCUGGUCCUGUGCGACCCACCUCCCCUCUCCUGUGGAUGAAUGGGAGGCCCGGUCGCUCAGUUACUGAAAUACUUCAGAACAGACACAUGAGAGACACCUGCAGUUUCUCACAUCAUCUUUGUCAGUCACACGGGGACAGCAGGGAGGAGGAGGAGGCGUGUGUGUAUGUGUCCCCGGAGUGAACUCUGCCUCACAUACCUGCUGAACGUUAGACGCUGCAUAUUUAUAUGGCCGCUGCCAGCUGAGGAGGAGGGAGGAGGUUCUGAAUGUGGCAUUUUGGUUGUUCAUUCAAGUCUUUUCCAAACAUUGCUCCGCUCUCCCCUCUUCAGCCACUCUGAACACCUGUUUUAAAAUGUGGACUUGUCAACGUAACACUUCAAUGUCCAACCUAAUGUGACUCCUCUAUAUCUUUGUUUUCUCUUUUUAAACCAGUCAGUGAGAAUCUCGGUGGGUUUGCAUCAUGUUUGUCCAGGACAAGGGGGAUACUGUGGGACUUUUUGUGUAGAUUUUUCUUACACGACUUUAUUUCAAUUGUGUGAAAACAAAAUUUUUGUUACAAAAAUAAAAAGGAAUAAAAACAA